GAGAUGAUGUUAACAAUAGGGGAAGUGUUCGGCGCAUGUUAGUGGUGGUGGUGGUGGCGUUUGGCAAUGACAGCCUGCAGAUCCUUAGCCGGGCUCCGCAUGCCACUCUCUCGUCUGGAAUCCAAUGCAAGCAGCUUCUGCUUCUCUACCAGACUCUCUCUUUCAUCCUCUUCUCCUCUCCACUUCUUCUCCUCCUGCUCCCUCAACCCACCAGGGUCUGGAAACCAGUCUUACCCGGGCAGGAGGCGUUUCUAUUUGAGCAGCUGUGUUGAUGGAGUAGGAGCUGUUCAGCUCCAAACUUCUGCUUCUACGGUUGCCGCCGCACCUGUUCGACAAAAUGUCGUCUUGGAAAUUCCCCAGGAUUCGUCCAGAGACACCGUCGAACAGUUGCUCUCCGAAUCCAAGAGCUACCACGACCACGACGUUUCCAGACUCAUGAAAAUGGAACGGAAGCUCGAGGCUACCCAAAGCUCCCGCUGCGAAGGCGGGACAGACCGAUGGUUCCCCUAUUUAGAUAACUUCAAGGCCGACAACGGUGUGUGUUUGAGCAGCGCUCAAGUGUUGGAGGCGUUGGAUCCGUAUAUCAUGGUGUCCAGGAAAGAGAGGUUUCGAAACGUGGUUAACAAUCGGAGUUAUUCUGUGUGUUUGGUGGUUGAAGGACUUGCGGAUUUUGGUAAUGUUUCUGCGGCGUUUAGGUCUGCUGAUGCAUUAGGCUUUCAGUCCGUUCACGUCGUCUCCUGUGAAAGUUCAAAAAGGUACCGAGACAAUCGGCACGUCAGCAUGGGAGCUGAGAAGUGGUUGGAUAUUGAACUCUGGGAUUCCACCAAGGAGUGCUUUAAAGUUUUGAAAUCACGUGGUUAUCGUAUUGCUACUACGCAUGUUGGGAUUGAUACGGUUUCUGUUUAUGAUAUGGACUGGACUUAUCCAACAGCAAUAGUUGUUGGUAAUGAGAAUAAGGGUAUAAGCGAUGAGGCUCUUGAACUGUCGGAUUUGCGUUGCAAUAUUCCAAUGAAUGGCAUGGUUGAUUCUUUCAAUGUUUCAGUUGCUGCUGGCAUAGUUAUGCACCAAGCCAUCUGUAACAGGAAUUCUAGGAUGGGUUGUCAUGGAGAUCUGACAUCGCAAGAGAGUCAAAUUCUGCUUGCGGAGUUCUUUUUGCGCCACAGUAAGAGUGCAAUUAGUAUUGCAAAUGAAUAUUCUAAGCGGAAGCUGGACCAGCCUAUAUCAAAGCUCUGAAUAAACGACAAUUUGUUUCCAUUUGUGGCAAAACUACAGACUCAUAACCCCGAGAAGGUAUUAGCUCUCCGAGAAAAUGCUCAUAUCUUAAGAGUUAACAAUGUCAAGGAAUCCUCGGUUGUACUGAACAGAAUAAACAUGUUGAACAUUGACCGCCUAUUAUUCUGUGACUCGUUUAUGCAAUGAUUUUCAAUGUACAACGAACUACAGUAGAGAAAAUUGCAAAAUGUAGCAUAAAAUCUUUGCAUACCACCUUUUUUUUUUUUUUUUUUUCUCUUUUAACUGAAGUUUAUGUAAUUGAUGUAUUGUUGUCCUUGAUGAAGAAGUGUCCAGUUCUUUCCA